AGCACAUGCGACACCCGGAAGUACAGUAACAGACUCAGGUCGUUUGAGAAUGAUAAAGCCCUUAACAGGACUCAAACACUUGUCGACCGCAGUCGCAAUGAAACAAGCAGUUUCAGAGCUAUGUGUGCCCGUGCCAUGGGGACAGAUGAGGGGCAGAGUGUGGGGUCCUGACCACGGCCGUCCAGUGCUGUGCCUGCAUGGCUGGGCUGACAACUGUGGGUCUUUCAACACUCUGAUCCCACUGCUGCCUAAAGAGUGGAGAUGUGUGGCUCUGGACCUGGCAGGUCAUGGUCUGUCUUCUCACAGGCCAGAGGGAGUCUUCUACACCUUCCCCUCCUACAUGUCUGAUGUGCGCCGAGUUGUAGAAGCUCUGCAAUGGAAACACUUCUCGAUUAUUGGACACAGCAUGGGAGGCAACAUUGCCGGUUUGUUCAGUGCCGUGUAUCCAGAAAUGGUGGAGUCCGUUGUUCUCCUAGACUCAUUUGGAUUCUUACCCACUGACAUGAAAGAGAUGCCAGGAUUGUUGAGAAAGGGUAUUGAAGAAAUGAUUCAAUUUGAAAAAAAGAAAGAUGAGAAGAAAGAAAAGAUUUACACAUAUGAAAAAGCAGUUGAAAGGUUAAUGGCAGCAAACCCCUCUCUUUCUGAGCAAUCCACACACAUUCUUUUGGAACGAGGGAGCACAAAGGUCGAAGGAGGUGUUGUGUUCAACAGAGACUUUAGGAUCAACCUGACCAACAUUGUGCGGAUAGGCAUCGAGCAGAGUCUGGAGAUGCAGUCCAGAAUACAGGCCAGAGUUCUUGCAGUGCUGGCAGAGGACGGGUUCCAGAAAACGUUUUCUCAGCCGGAACAGCAGAAAUACGUCUCUGCUUUACUGAAAGGCUACACUGACAAAGGGGGCAGUGUGGUGACGGUGCCAGGAGACCAUCAUGUCCACCUGAAUAACCCAGAGGCUGUGGCCCAAAUUGUCACUGACUUCUUACAGGCUGGGGAUCGCCCACAGUCAGACAGCACUGCUACUGAUUCACAGACUGCUAAGUUGUAGCAUACACGCACAUACAAGCUGCUAAACUAUAGGAAGCACACUCUACACAUUCAUACACAAACAAGCUGCUAAACUGUAGCGCACAUAGACAUAGGCACACACACACACACACACACACACACACACACACACAACCCCAGCCCCCCCACAGACAUGGACAGCUUAGCCGUUCAUACACGUACUGUUAAACUGUAAGUAUAUACAUGCUAACAAAUGCACACACAGACAGUAUUGACAUUGACACGUAGGCUGCUAAAUUAUACAACACAUGUACUUGUGCACACACACAAGCUCAAACACUCAGAGCUUUGCCAUUGAUGGUAUAAAUGGAUGACAUUGUAAAGAACUCUAACCUAUGUAAGUCGCUUUGGAUAAAAGCGUCCGCUAAAUGAAUAAAUGUAAAUGUAAAUGUAAAAUAAUCACAUCACUGAAUUAUGAUAGAUGCGUGCACACACACACGCGCACACACACACACUCAAACACACUGAAUCACAGCAGUGCCUCUGAAUCACAGGCUGUUAAAUAGAAAUUCCUCAGUUGUACAGAUUUAGCAACUUGCACAUGUAUCUCCCAGUACUGUAUGCUGCAACUGAACUGCUGCAGAUUUAGAACAAAAACAGUU